AUGUCUUUCAGAGGACUGGACUCCAAGAGAUUCCCCACAUCAGAGGCUGGCUUUGGGGGACAAAGCAGGAAAGCCACAGCCUUUGCAGAAAGACUCGUUGACAGCAACAACCCUUAUGUCGCCAAGUUUGAGGAAUUUGCCUCAUCUGUUGAGGAGUACGUCGAUACCCAUUUCGACUCAAUCAAGCCAUAUGUUCCGGCGAUUGGAAGGUUUCUGAUUGUUGCCACAUUUCUGGAAGACUCGGUGAGGAUCUUCUCACAAUGGGACGACCAGGUGUACUAUCUAGCCACGUUCAGACAUCUGUGGGUGUGGUUUGUGAAGCUUUUUCUGGUCUUCAACAUCUCGUUGAUGGUGAGUGCUUCCGUCAUGAUCAUCACCAGAGUCAAAACCGAGAUAGCCGCGUGUCUAUUGACAGCGGUAGUGGUUUUCCAAGGCUUUAUCUAUGGCUUGUUCUUUGAUCCUGUGUUCUUCUUCAGGAAUAUCAGUGUCGUAGGAGGGUUGUUGAUAGCUCUGUCAGAUUCCCUGGUGAGAGACAAGAGAUUUUUGUCUAUGCCAGGCUUGCCCAUGGUGGAAUCGAAGGACAACAAGAAAUACUUCUUGCUCGCAGGAAGAAUCAUGCUGAUUCUGUUGUUUUUGGUGUUUGCAUUUAAGACCUCCUGGUCGUUCUUCAGGCUGUUUGUGGUUCUGGUGGGAUUCUUUGCCUGUAGCGCUGUGGUUGUUGGCUACAAAACCAAAUUCGCGGCUGUUCUUCUGGUGGUGCUAUUCUCGAUCUACAAUAUUUCCUCGAACCACUACUGGACAUACGGCCAGAGGGAUGCCAGACGUGACUAUCUGAAGUAUGAGUUCUUCCAGACACUGAGCAUCGUUGGCGGGCUGCUGAUCAUCCUCAACACGGGUGCUGGUGAGCUGUCUCUGGAUGAGAAGAAGAAGAUCUAUUGA